AAAUUUACAGGGUAAUUAUCUGAUAGCUCUGGAGAUAUAUCGGAUAUCUACGCCUGUAUCUCGCACCCCCGCUCCUAUGAGCAGCGAUAUCUACCUCCCUAGAGCCUAGGCCCUUGAUUCGAUAUCGCUUUCUUCUUUCCUACUUUCGAUACCUACGUAGCUUAAAUCGACGUCUUCGCUAUCGUUGCGAGUUAGCUAUUAUCGUUUCGCUUCACGCUUGAGCGUAUCUUCAUAUCAAGAGUAGGAAACGCCGGAAAUAGCAACUCAUGGCGGCGGCCCCAGCGCGCCGAGUCAGUUGCCUCCACUGUCGGAGACGAAGAGUAAAAUGCGAUAGAGAAAUUCCGGCGUGCGGAGCUUGUCAACGAUUACGCCUUGAGUGCCAUUACAAGCAAACGGGAUCCGAUCUACUUUGGAUGCCGAUCAACUCGGGCAACGCCGAAUUCGAGCCGAUUGGAAAAUUAUCAUCUGAUCAAGAUGAAAUCUCCCUUCAUGACCAUUUGAUCUCGGAGAAAGCACCGCACCCGCGUCGCAUACCCGUGUCUACAGAGGAGGAAAGAAGGGCUAUGUGUCAGCAGCUACUUGAGUCGACCAAGGAUAUGGACAUCGAUGAUGCCAUGCAGCUACUGAGCACAUCGGCAGAAGGGGGAACAGAGGCAAUUUUGAUGGGUCCCUUCGGCGCCUUUCCAAUGCAGGCGGCUGGAAAGAUGGGAGUAUCGUCAUUACAGGUCCCUAACCCCUCCGAUACGAUCCCGUCGCCGGAUCUACCAAGGCAUGGUGCCAAUUACACGUCGUCAUUUACCGGACUCUUUGUUGGUUCGCCUUCAGCGGCAUAUCUAGAGUCUCUAAUCCAAGGUGAUGAUGAUAGCGCGAGUGUGGAUAUUUUAGCCUCAGUUCUGGAUCAGGACUGGGAGAAAUUAUUACCGGGUGCUAACUUCGACGCUCUAACAUGCGGUCCUAUCGCCGCUCCAUCUUCACGUAGUCCAGCUAAUGCGGAGGCACUGCGUCCAAAGUCUCAUCCACCCCCAGUACCAUCACCUUUAUCCGAUUAUCUCCCAUUCCUACGCCCUUCACAGAUUCUGGAAAGGGUUCCUAAGGAUACCUUUUACCUUCUUGAGUAUUAUGGCUCAAAGGUGCUUUUCUUCUUUUCACCACUGCCAGACCAGAAACCCCCAUGGAAAAUCAUGCACCACCCCUCAGUGCUUGAAAUAACAGGUGCAUUGCUUGUUGAUCAGCCUGUGAAGCAUGCACAGUUGGCAUUGCUCUAUGCCAUUCUAGCCAUUAGUUCAUAUCAUCUAGAUUGGUGUACUACUUUCAACCAACGCAUGCAAGGCGGAGGUGGUCUUGAUCGAACUAAUAAAGCCGAAUCCUACUGGCGAAAUUCCGGGGAGCAAUUCAAGCGAAAUGCGAAAGCCCAAUUACAACUUGCUUUAAAGUCCGAAUUUUUUGGCACAUCAAAAGCCAAAUACAAACACAUCCUCAUGACCCUUCUUUGCAUGGUGACAAUAUGCGUACAAACCGGCAGUAUGGAGGAAGCAAGAUGCUUCCUACUCGAUGCCGAACGAGCCAUCCAUCUUCGUGGACUCAAGCCCAAUCGAUCCAGGAAAGUCCGACUCCUCCAUAAUAUCUUCCUCUACAACCGAAUCAUUGAAGAGAGUACCUUUAUAUACCCACACGCGGACCCAUCUGCGACGAAUAGUGGUAGAAGAGUAGAUAUCCGAGGUAUUAUGCCCCCAAUUUCUAGUGAAGGCGGGGGUGGCGCCUUGGAUCCGUCUAACUCGGAAAAUGAGAAAUCUCUCGUGGACCAGCUGAUAUCAAGUGAUGGAGUGUGGUUCGAGACGAUAUACGGAGUUCCAAUGAGCCUUAUGAGUCUCAUGUCGCAAGCGACGUCCCUGGCGCGCGAAGCCGAUAGCGAGCAAUUGGCCUUCCAAUCUGCGAAAUUGCAUACCCUUGCAUCUUUCGCGAGUCGCGUGCGCGCAUUAGAAGACCAAAUUUGUGCAUUUCAUUGGGAACCAGGCCAAGGAACACAAGAUAUUCCCCCAGGACCAGCUACGAUCUAUCGCGACGUUAUGCGUCCUCUAGUCUCCGCGAUGCACCAAGCGCUUUUAAUAUUCUUCUACCGACGAAUCCGAAAGAUGAAUUCAUACGCCCUCCAACCCUUUGUAAAACGUACUAUAUCCGAAUUAAUUGAAUUCCAACGCGCCAAGGCACAGAAUAGCAUCGUAACGCCUGUACCGUGCUGGCCAGGUUUCGUUGCUGGAAGUGAGGCGUUAGAAGAGGAGGAUCGUCAACGUGUAAGACAGUGGUUUAGCCAUGCUGGGCGUGGGUGGCGGAGUUUUGACACUGUUGGGAAAUUGUUGGAAAAAUUUUGGGUGUCUAGGGAGUUGGCUGUCAGUGCAAAUUUCGGCGCUGGAGAGGUGACUUGGGAGCACUUCUUCAAAGACCAAGGCGUUGCUAUCAUCACCACAUGAAACAAGUAAAAGAUACCUCUACUGUAAAAUAUAUAUAGGCUGGGAUGAUCCUUUGUAACGGUAUGAGGGAAGCCACAAAUUGGUCGUAAGAAUAUAUAUGGGAUAUUGUUU